AUGAAAUUUUCCACUGCUUUAGCCACCACUUUGAUUGGUGCUAAUGCUAUCGUGUCUGCUUUGCCUCACAUGCAUGUAAAGCGUGACGAAGACUGUGUUACUACCGUUACUGACGCUCAUCAACACAAGAGAGCUGUCGCUGUUGAAUACGUUUACCAGACAGUCACUGUUGAUGGUCAUGGUCAGACCGUUGGAAGAAUCAGUGCUGUCACUGAGAGUCAAACCGCUGUUCCAACCACUUUGACCCCUUCGACUUCUUCUGCCGAGGCUACCACCACCUCAUCUCCAGCCACUGCUGUGACUUCUUCCUCCUUCGAGCAAAAGACCACUUCCACCACUUCUUCCUCGAAGACUGCUGAAACUAGCACAACUAGCACUUCAAGCUCCUCGGCAAAGGUAGGAAGUUCCACUUCUUCCUCUGCCAAGGCUACCUCCACUUCAACCAGUUCUGGUGGCAUUUACGGUGACUUGGCUGCUUUCUCUGGUCCAACGGAGAAAUUCCAAGAUGGUACCAUCCCAUGUAGUCAAUUUCCAGCAGGCCAAGGUGUGGUUGCCAUUGACUGGAUCAACCAAGGUGGUUGGUCUGGUAUUGAGAACCCAGACACUUCCACCGGAGGUAGUUGUGCUGAUGGUUCUUACUGUUCUUACGCCUGUCAAGCCGGUAUGUCCAAGACUCAAUGGCCAUCUAGUCAGCCAGCUGACGGUAGAUCUAUUGGUGGUCUAUACUGUAAAAAUGGUAUGUUGUACCGUUCUAACACUAACAACGAUUACCUGUGUGAAUGGGGUUAUCCAUCCGCUUAUGUUGUCUCUCAGUUGAACCAAGGUGUUGCCGUCUGUAGAACCGACUACCCAGGUACUGAAAACAUGGUCAUUCCAACUUACGUUGGUGCUGGUCAAUCUCAACCUUUGACUGUUGUUGACCAGGACACUUACUACACCUGGCAAGGAAUGAAGACUUCGGCUCAAUACUACGUCAACAACGCCGGUGUCUCUCUCGAAGAUGGUUGUGUCUGGGGUAACGCAGGUUCUGGUAUCGGUAACUGGGCUCCAAUGAACUUUGGUGCCGGUCACACUAACGGUAUCAGCUACCUGUCCUUAAUUCCAAACCCAAACAACAGAACUCCAUUGAACUUCAACGUCAAAAUCGUCGCUUCCGAUUCUUCCUCUGUGGUCCAAGGUGAAUGUAAAUACGAAAACGGUGUUUACAAUGGCAGCGGUUCUGAUGGUUGUACCGUUGCUGUCACUUCUGGUUCCGCUCACUUUGUUCUAUACUAA